AUGGCUUCUUCUAUCAACCUUCAAAGUACUCUACUUAGGUCCAACUUUCUUGGGCAAAACAACUUCUCCAAUCAUCCUCAUAAACCCUACUCUUUGAUCCCCAAAGAGCAUAGGCUGAAACAAAAAACAUGUGCCAAAUUCGACCUUUUCGAGAUCUUAGGAGGCAGAGGGCUCUGUAAUGGAGAAAAAGGUGUGCAACAAGAGCUGAAGAGGAACAUUGAAGGCAGAGGGCUCUGUAAUGGAGAAAAAGGUGCGCAACAAGAGCUGAAGAGGAACAUUGAAGAAAAAGUUUCAGCAGCUGCUGAUAAAGAAGGAAAUUCAGGUAACUUGGAAACACCAAGUGUUCCGGAAGAUGGUUUUGAAAAGGAGCUGAUGGGCUUAACAGGGGGCUUUCCUGGUGGAGAGAAGGGAUUGCAAAAAUUCGUUGAAGAAAACCCACCUCCAAAGAAACAAUCAGUUGCCAAACUUACAAUCGCAAGCAAGCCAAAACCUCCAGAAUUACCACUAUUGUUGCCUGGUAUGAUUGCCAUUGUCAAGAACCCAAAUAACCCAUUUUACAAGUACACUGGCAUUGUUCAGCGGAUCACUGAUGGAAAAGCUGGAGUUAUCUUUGAAGGAGGAAACUGGGAUCGGCUAGUAACUUUCCGCCUGGAAGAGCUGGAACGUAGGGAGAAGGGCCCUCCAGGGAAAAAUCCCAGGUCCGCAAUAAUUGAAGAGUUCUAUGAAACCGAAUCAAAAUCAUCUAACUAG